UUAUGGCAGAAGUGAGACAAGUGACAUUGAUAUCAGAUGGAGAGGUGUGAUAAAACUAAUAUUAUACAUUUACGUGGGCAUUCUUGUUUAUCGUUUUGCUGGUUGAAAAUGAACGUCAAAGUUUCUUCUUGAGUUACAGUGUCCGUACAUAAUACAGAUAGGCAUAAGACAGCCGAGCAGGAGUCAGACACACGUGACGUAGAUGCUGCCAGGAGCAGGAGUGACUGUCUGGUUAGCGCUUCCAGCACUGCUGCUAGCUGCCGAGGACCUGGACUCCAGCACCUGCCUCACUCUUGACCCAUUCGACAGCGCGCUGCCCCAGACUACACCCUCGCCCUACACCCUCUCCUGUAGCAAGUCUGGGAAGAUCACGAACCAGGACUCCAUCAUCUUCACCAUCAAGUCUUCGCGACCACGGGUCGACUUCCGACGGUUCGUGGUGCAGGCACUGGACCGUGAGAGCGGUGUGGCCGUGGGCAUGUUCGUGGACACAGGAGACGCCGACAUCACCGUCGUCAACUGUUUUGGUCGUUCUGAGAACACUGCGAUAGAGUUCGAUACGGAGCCGAAGACAGAAGCGCGCAUGAGAUGGAUGCCUGACUUUGACUACGCAGGCAAUAUCACAUUCUUGGCUACAAUUGUCCAGUCCGGGGAGAUAUUCUGGCUGAGAGAGAAGGGAGAUUCAAUCUCUGUAUACAACCCGUGGUAGAACUAUAUAUGUAUGUAUGUAUAUUUUCUUUAUCGUAAGU